CCAAAAUAAUAACAACUCAGGGAAAAAAAAAAUUCCACACGUGUCAGCAUCCGAGUCAGCCAUAGCCACUCGCCGCCACUGUACAAAACCCUAAUAAACAACGCACACACAGUGACACAGAACAGAUAUACACUCUCGCUUGCAGCCUCCGUCGUCCGCUUAUUGACCCGUACCCGGAUUACAUGGCCCGCCAAUCCAAUCGGAGCUCCGACAAUCUCUGCAUUUCUCUUCCCCGAACUCCUUCCACCACGAUUCUCAUGACUAUUUCCAUUUCCACUAACGCCACCAGCAUUCACUGAAAUUUCAACUCUGCCACUGCUUCCAUUUCUCCUUCAAGCUUCAGGCUUUCGAAUUCGCUAUCUCUUUCGGGUCGGGUCCCUCUAAGAAUCGCAAUCGGGUUCGCGCUGUGUCUUGGUAAUGGCUACGCUCCAGAGCUGUAGUGUGUGCUUGAGAGAGUCUGCUCUCCAGCUUCCGCGUCACCAUCUUACGGAUAACUACAGGAGUAGGACUGCAAAAUGGAAGUGUCCGCGAGCAGCUGUAAUCCCUAAUUUUCAUCUUCCAAUGCGUAGUUUUGAAGUGAAAAACAGGACAUCAGUGGACGAUAUAAAGUCACUUAGAUUGAUAACAGCCAUCAAAACCCCAUAUCUACCAGACGGCAGAUUUGACCUUGAAGCAUAUGAUGCUUUGGUUAAUAUGCAGAUUGAAAAUGGAGCCGAAGGUGUGAUUGUUGGUGGCACAACUGGUGAAGGCCAAUUGAUGAGCUGGGAUGAACACAUAAUGCUCAUUGGCCACACAAUCAACUGUUAUGGAGGAUCAAUUAAGGUAAUAGGGAACACUGGAAGCAAUUCUACUAGAGAAGCAAUUCAUGCUACUGAACAGGGUUUUGCUGUUGGAAUGCAUGCUGCCCUUCACAUCAAUCCUUAUUAUGGAAAAACCUCCUUGGAGGGAUUGGUUUCGCACCUUGAUAGUGUCAUGUCAAUGGGACCCACUAUUGUAUACAAUGUGCCGUCACGAACUGGCCAAGAUAUCCCGCCACGUGUGAUUCACAGGUUGGCUCAGAGCUCUAACUUCGCAGGUAUCAAGGAGUGUGUUGGAAAUGAUCGUGUUGAUCAGUAUACCGACAAGGGAAUUGUGGUUUGGAGUGGGAAUGAUGAUGAGUGCCAUGAUUCUAGGUGGAACCAUGGAGCUACGGGAGUUAUAUCUGUUACUAGUAAUCUGGUUCCAGGUUUAAUGCGAGAAUUGAUGUUUGUGGGGAAGAACCCUUCUCUUAAUGCAAAGAUAAUGCCUCUGGUUGAGUGGCUUUUCCAGGAGCCAAACCCCAUUGGCUUAAACACAGCACUUGCCCAACUUGGUGUUGUGAGGCCGGUCUUCAGGCUGCCAUAUGUACCUCUUCCUCUGGCAAAGAGGGUAGAAUUUGUGAAUUUGGUUAAGCAAAUUGGGCGGGAGAAUUUUGUCGGAGAAAAGGAUGUGAAAGUUCUCGAUGACGAUGAUUUCGUCUUAGUGAGUCGGUAUUAGAUAGUUUUCGUGUUUAGGACUUCUGUCUUUUGGCUGUCUGAGUUACUUCCUUUAGAAUUCAUAAAUGCUGUUUUAAUUUACAUAUAUUGAUGUUUUCGGGAUGCUAUUUUCUCUAGUGGUUCUGUGUCUCAAUAACUUCAGCAUGUUUGAAUGUGAUUAUCAAAAAGUGUUGCUUCUUGUUUGUCA